AUGGCCUUCCGAGGGGGCAGAGGUGGCUUUCGCGGCGGCCGAGGCGGUGGAUCCAAUGGCGGUCCCAUGAUGCCUCGAGAAUUCGACGUCAAACCAGACUUCGGUCCUACAGAACAAUUCCCAGACUACACAAUCCCCUUUCAAGAUCCCCUAACCUCCACCGAACGAAUACACAUCGCCCGUUUCCGCGACCACCGAGAAAAAGUGCACAGCGGACCACUCUACACCGUUCUUGGCAAACGUAAGGGUCUAGAAGAUCCAUUCGAAGAUGUGGUUACCUACUCUGCCAAAAAAUACCAUCGGCAGAAAAGAAAAGUUCCGAAGUUAGAUUCACGACCUUAUGUGUUUGAGUUUUUCCCCGUAGAGUUAUGGGAAACGAUGGAUUCAAGUUAUGCGGCGACUGGGGAUAGGAGCGUGGUUAUUACUGGGAAAAAAGAUCAGAAGAAAAGAUUGUUAAUAUCGAGUUUGAAUACCGAGUUACCUAAUGGAGGGCAUCAUGAUGAUGGGUCUGAUGGGUCUGAUGAAGAAGAUGAAGAAAAGGAGAGAGAAAAGAAGUCUGUGCUGGCGAAGUUGAUGAGUCAUAAAGAUGAAGAGGAUGAUGGGUUGGGAGAUGAAGAUGAGGAUGAUGAUGAUAAAGAGGAUGAAGGAGAGGAAGAAGAUGAUUACCAGGACGACGAAGAUGGAGAUUACAAUGCCGAGCAGUACUUCGACGACGGAGAUGGAGAUGUCGACUACGGUGAUGAUGAUGGCGGAGGAGGAGCAUGGUUCGAUUAG